AUGAGUCCAUCAAAUUUUCGCAUUAAACUCAAUUUGGAUAAAUUUUACGAUGACGUACGCCGUUACUGUUGGGUUUUCAUCGAUGGUACAAAAAUGUUAAAAAUCAAUCAUGUGAUGGAACAUAUCAUGAAAUUGUUUAAAAUCAAACAACCGUUUCAUUUGCUGUUAAACGAAACCGAAUAUUUACCACCUAACGAGGACAUACGUAUUCUGAAGGAAAAUGAAACGAUCUUGGUUUCUCCUGGAUCUGGAUUGGAUAUUGGGUUAGAAUUAUGUAGGACUAUUCUAAAGCUACCGGAAGAUGAAAGUUUCAUACAGUCAAAGAGAAAUACAAACACUGUUCAACAUAAACAAUUGCAAGCUAACCUAUCUCCAAUUUUAUCAAACCCAGUUCCAGAAAUAGUAUUUAAUAAGAAUACAAACUUAUUUGAAAAUGAUAUUCCAGACAUUACCAUGGUAUCUAAUGAAAUAGAAAGUAGCGAGAUAGCUAUUAGAGAUGAGGUAGCUAUUAAUACAAUGGAAAAUAUGACAUGUCCAAAAAGAAUACGAGCACGACGUAAAAAGAAGGAAAAGAAAAAUACUCAGCGACAGGAAAUAGAAGAAGACAAAUCGAGAAAACCCAGGAUUGCAGAUAUACGUAUCAUUCCAUCUGGCAAACAUAUUCGGUUUGAUAAUACAGAUCAUGUGGACAUUACAGAAAAGGAAGUUGAUCAUGCAGAAACAGUGAAUGGUUCUAACACACCUAAGCUAUCACCACCUUGGGAACUUGCUAAUUUAUUGUCAUUAGGACAAAAUUCUACUCCACUUACUUUUACCAACAAGAAGGUGAAGAAGCCAGACAAAGUAGAGCCCAUGUUUGAAGAAGAAACGCAGUCUAUUAUUUCCCCUGACAACAAAAAUGAGAACACAGUUUUAAAUAAAGAUUACGAAUCCUAUCCACUUUUGACAGAAAAACCAAAAGUUAAAGAUAUUAUAGCGUUUAAAAUGUUGAAAAUUGGAUCAGAUUGGACACCACAAGUAUCAAACUUUAUCGAAGGAGAGGUGUUAUCUUAUUACCCACUAUCAUCACUGUACACCCUGAAAGUACUGCAAGGCUUAUCAGAGUUGCAAGUACCAGUAGGAAAAUUCACAAUUAUAGAAAAGGAAGAAGAACGAAUUGUGAACGACACAAUUACAUUAAAUUAUUCACAAAUAAUGACGCCACGAAUUGUGUCUACGUGUAAUUCAAGUUCAGAUACUCCCACAAAUUGUGUUAAUUAG